AUGGCCAACCAAGACUCCCAGUCCGAGCCGUUUCGAGGCGACCCCCCGUCGACCGAGGACCUGUUGGAGAACCUGGAGCGGUCUCAUGCCAAGAUCGACGAGUGCUAUCAGACCACCCUGGCAAACUUCAAGAAAAAGAGCGCAGAGCUCGAGAAGGAGCUCGCCGAGGCACACAAGACCUGUCACGAGCUGACCAAGAAGCUUGAGGCCUUCAAGAUUGCCGAGGAGAAGGGUCAGGCAGCAAACAACCCAACCAAGCAGUAA